AUGAGACUGCGCUGCAUGCUGCUGCCAUCGGCUGCUGCAGCAAACUGGAGAAGAAGAGCCCCGCAGCAGCUUCUUUGCGGCUUUAAAACAAGCAGCAGCAGCAGCAGCAGCAGCAACAGCAGCAGCAGCAGUAUCAGCGGUGACUGCCGCGGUAGCAGCAACAGCAGCAACGGCAGCAGCAGCAGCCGCAGCAGCAACAGAUGCAGCAUCCACAGCAGCAGCAGCAGCCACAACAGUAACAAAUGCAGCAGCAACAACAGCAGUAGCAGCGUCAGCAAGAGCAGCAGCAGCAACAGAAGGAACAGCAACAGGAGCAGCAGCAGCAGCAGCAGCAGCAGCAGCGAUGGCACGUGCUGGCGGGGGGUUCCUUAUGGGUUUCAGAGCUGUCUGCUGCAGCAGCAGCAGCAGCAGCAGCAAGCAGCAGCACUAAUAACCUGUGUGAGCUGCCCUUGGGUGCCCUUUCUGGGCUCAGCGCGGCGGUUUGCUGCAGCAGCAGCAGCAGCAGCAGCAGCUGCUGCUGCUGCUGCUGCUGAAGAUGCUGCAGCUGCUGCUGCUGGAAAACCCCCAAAACGCGUGCUGCUGCUGCAUGCACUUUUGCCGCCGCCGCGGCGCAGGGAACGGGGCUUUCAACCCAAGUCCCGGCAGGAGGUGAUUUAUGAAGCAGCAGAAAGCGCCAGCCUUAUCAGGGCCGCGGGAAUGGAGCCUGUGGCCUUCCACCCCCAAGAGUGCCUAGACGAGCCUUUUGGAAAUGAUUCUGAGGAGGAAGGCGAUGGCGAAGAACUGCAAAAAAUAUGCAGCUUUUUAAAGACGCACCCCUGCGACUGCGUGCUGCUCAGCAGCAGCAGCAGCAGCAGCAGCAGCAGCAGCAGCGCCAGCAGCAGCAGCAGCAGCAGCAGCAGGGCAAUAACGCAGCACCAGCAGAACCGUCUUGAGCGUUUGUUCACAUCUGUGGUUGCAUCAGCAGCAGCAGAAGCAGCAGCAGCAGCCGCUGCUGCUGCUGCGACUGCGUCCGGCCACAGCAGCAGCAGCAGCAGCAGCAGCAGCAGCAGCAGCAGCAGCAGCACGGAUUCAGGUCUGUCCAUCGCCUGUUUGAAUUAUUUGUCUUCAAUUAUUUCCGGCCCUGGAAAAAUAGACAGGCUCAGCAUCUCCAGGGCCACUCGCGUUCUUCCCCAGGAGCCGUGGGUCACACACCUCACUGCAGUGCUUCAGAAACCCCUCGACCCCGAAGCUGCUCUCAAAACCCUCGCCAAACUCAAGAAGGGCUUCCAGCAGGAUUUGAAGAAACAAUUCCUCACAAAACCCCCAGGGGGGCCCCCAGGGGGGCCCCCAGGGGGGCCCCCAGGGGGGCCCCCGGAAGGGUCCUCAGGGGGGCCCCCUGGGGGGCCCCUGGAUGCUGAGGGACCUUUAGAGGGGCCCCCAGGGAUGCCCCCAGGGGGUCCCUUAGAGGGGCCCCCAGGGGGGCCCUUAGAGGGGCCCCCAGGGGGGCCCCCAGGGGGGCCCCCAGGGGGGGCCCCAGGGGGGCCCCCAGGGGGGUUUGGGGUUUUGGGUGGUUCGGUGGUUUUUGACAGCGUGGGUUUGAUUGAGGGUUUGUCAGGGUUUGGCGAGGGUUUGGUUUGUGAGGGUUUAGCAGCAGCAGCAAGCAGCAGCGACUUGCUGCUGCUUGUGCUGGAUGCUGCUGACCCCCGGAGACUUGCGAGGAGAGAGUUCGUGCUGCAGGCCCUCAGAAAGGCCCUUGGCAGCAGCAGCAGCAGCAGCAGCAGCAGCAGCAGCAGCAGCAGCAGCAGCAGCGGCAGCAGCAGCAGCAGCAGCAGCGAGUUGGGAGUUUGCGUGAUAGAAGUGCUGCGGGUGGCGCUGACGAAACUGCAGAAGCAGCAAGAGGUCCUCGUGUUCUUCCCCGCCAAGUUUGCUGCUGUUGUUUUGCCCUAUUUGUACAAACACGCCACGGUAACAAGCAGCAGCAGCAGCAGCAGCAGCAGCAGCAGCAGCAGCAGCAGCAGCAACAGAAGCAGCAAUAGCGGCAGCAGCAACAGUAACAGCGGCAGCAGCAACAGUAACAGCAGCAGCAGUAGGGUAGCAGCACCAAUACUAGCAGCAGCAGCAGCAGCAGCAGGAGCAAAAAGGUAG